GCGCUCCUCAGCCCCAGCGGGAGAUGCGCCAGCACCGCUUGGCCACCUGAAGACACCCGGAAAGAUGGAGGUGCCCAACGCCAAGCUGCAGCGGUCCGCCUGCCUUCUGCUGCUGCUGCUGCUGCUCUGCUCCCUGGCCGGGGGGCGGCAGAGCCUGCCCGAGUGCUGCCGGCAGAAAACCUGCUCCUGCCGUAUCUACGACCUCCUGCACGGCAUGGGCAACCACGCCGCCGGCAUCCUCACGCUGGGCAAGAGGAAGAGCAUCCCGCCAGCCUUCCAGAGCCGGCUGUACCGCCUGCUGCACGGCUCCGGCAACCACGCAGCGGGCAUCCUCACCAUGGGCAAACGUGAGGAGCGCCCCGGCACCGCCUGCCGCGACGCGCUGAGCUGUGCUGCGGGCACUCAGCCUACGGUGACCCCGAGGGGCACUGCUGCCAGCCCCAGGGAGUGCCAGGAGCACGCUGAGAAGGACCUGACCAAGGGCUGGGCAGCGGCAAAGAGCUUUUACUGAGAUGGGCUGCGGGGCGGGGGGUCCGCGGGGGUAUCAGUGUAAAUAGCACUAUUAAAUACCUCCCUGUGGCCCUGGCCAAGGCUGCUCGGCACACUUGGCCUUUCACAAUAAACGGUAGCCCGAUGUCA